AUGGCAAGUCAAGGCGGUGGCAGAGGCGGUUGGAGCCACGAGGGAGGGUGGAGCUACCGGCGGGGCACGGAGCAGUCGCCGGACGGCACUUGGAACUACGGUUGGGGCGUGGGUUCAGGCCCCGCCGGCGCUUCCUGGGCCUUUGGUUCGGGUUCGGGCCGGAGCGUUAACGGUAUUGGCGGAUUUGGAUUCGGAUGGGGCAGCGCCGCCCCUCCCGGAGGAGGCACCCCCGGGUUUUAUGGCGGCGGCAGUAGCAGCUUUGGAUUCGGUCGCGGCGGUGGUUUUGUCGGUGGUGGUGGUGGUGGUGGUGGUGCUGGCGGUGUGAAUUUCAACGGCGGGUUUGGCUUUGGCGGUGGCGGCGCUCAUAAUCCACCACAACAACCAAGGUCUAAUGGGCAUACUGAUUUUACUCCCACCGACAGCGGCGGCAAUAGAGUCGGGGGAAAUCCAUAG